AUGGCAGGCCAUGAUGAACCAGCGCUGUCCGCCCAGGCCAACCAGUACAUCCGUCAAGUACUGCACUCGACCGAGGCGCCACCACCUAUACCCGUUCGCUACUUUUAUACUUCGCCCCUUGCCAUCGACGACCCUCUCUCUCCGCUUCCGCCGCCACCGACGGGCGCCGCCACGAGCAAACGAGUGCCUCCACGGCCCUUCUCCCAAUACGAUAACAACGCGAUCAAUGAAUCAUGGCUGGCCCUGAGAAAGAAGAUUCUCAAGCACAACAAGGAGCUGGGCGAGAAGGACGGUGCAGGCCGAGGUACGCCUACCAACCCGGCAGUCGAGCGACUCAAGAGGAAGCGAGGUGGCAGCUCAUCGAGCGACGAAGGCUCUUCCCAAGGAAAGGAUAUCCCCUCCUUGGCAAGGUCGUCAAGUAGAGGCCAAUACUCCAAGUCUGCGGAUCUGUUGGAUAGGAAGAGGCCAGGGUCGAGUGGUGGCAGGCCCGGCCCGUCAGCAUUCGCCUCAUUUCGAGGCUUCGAAGCAGGCCAGAUAUCUCCGCUCGCACCCACCACGACCGGUACACCAUUCAUUCGAGCGCCAUCCCGUGGACAAGUGCCCAAGGCAUGGCAACCGGCCUCUGUCGAGGGGCGCCCUCGGCCGGGCAUGUCGGAGCAGGAUAGCUACAGCUGGGACGAUGACAUGGAGCCUGCUCUGUCUGGAAACAAGGACAAACAACCUGCGAGGAAAGCAGCAAGGACAAGACAGGGGCCAUGUGCAAAAGUGCCCGUGGGAGUGUCGAGGCUGCAUCAUGUUGUCAUGGACGCAGAGUCAAUACGCAUGGAGCCGAUAUACUGGUCUCCGCUCAGCGACGUGGCACAGAUUGUCAGAGGCACCUGGUUCUACAAGAACAGCAUGAUGCCUGUGGAGGUGGAGGUCGCGAAUAUGCUCGAGGCUGGCUAUCUGGAGAUGCGGCCGUGGACGCAGACUUGGAAGGACGAGCUGAAUAGCGCUGUGCAAGUCGGUGCGUUUGGCGAGAUGAAGAUUCUGCACACCCUUUGGCCGGAGAAGCGAGCGAGGCCGGAGAACCGAAAAUCGACUUUGCAGGACAUGCAAUCGACUGGCCUCGUUCAGAAUACGCUGCCGGAAGACGAUGAGGAUCCGGAGAAAGAACGGAAAGAAAUAGUGGAGAAUGCGUGCGACUUGAUAGAUAUUUCCACGGGCCCAGGAGGCCCGGAUCACAAGGCUGCGGGCGAUCUGGAAUAUGGCGCCGACGGUCGGAAACGCCUGUACCUCAAGGCUGGUGUCAUCUACGCUACGGAGACUGAGGCAUACAUUUUGAAGCCGGCAUUGCAGCCGUCGGACUACUACGGAAGACGGCCACUGGCAAACUAUAUUCGUAAAGGCCGGGCUAUCGGCGUCCAUGUUGUGCGUGGAUUUGAUCAAGCGACAUGGGAUCGGCUACAUCCGAGCAAGAAUACGGCCAAAGCACAGGCAGCCCGUGAAGGCGUCUCCUCUGCCCAAGCGGGAGCGCCCCAGUACAAAAGGCAGGAGUCUGAUCCAGAUCUUGCACAAUCAGAGCGGCCAAAGGUCACGGAUCUGGUGCUGGUCAUUCAUGGAAUUGGACAAAAGCUAUCGGAGCGCAUGGAGACGUUUCACUUUACGCAUGCAAUGAAUGCAUUCAGAAGGGAGAUGAAUGUCGAGCUUGGAACGCCAGAUGUCAAACGCCAUCUCCGAGAGGACAUGGGGGGUGUCAUGUGUCUGCCUGUCAACUGGCGCCAUCGUGUCUCUCUCGAGGUGGAUGCAACCGAAGUUGAAGAGCCCGAAGAUCCUUCGGCGAACAAAUACACGCUCAAAGACAUCACCCCCGACACCCUACCCUCUGUCCGGGGAAUCGUCAGCGACGUGAUGCUCGACAUACCCUACUACCUCUCCCCCGAGCAUAAUCCAAAGAUGAUUGCCGCCUGCAUCCAAGAAGCCAACCGAAUCUACCGCCUCUGGUGCGCCAACAAUCCCGGCUUCGCAGACUAUGGACGCGUGCACCUCAUCGCCCACUCGCUCGGCUCCGUAAUGGCGAUUGACAUUCUCAGCCAACAACCGACCUACGUGGACCGCCAAUUCAGCGACCCCUCCUUCCCCGAAGCCGACCUCCCAAAAGACAGCUUCAUCUUCAACACGACCCACCUCUUCGUCUGCGGCAGCCCCGCGCAGACUCGUACGCCACGCCCGGCGUCGCAGGCGACCAAGGCACCUAUGGCUGUAUCGCCGUAG